AAGGUAUUUUUUAAAGAAUAUUUAAAAAAAAUUAAGGAAUGAAAAAUAACUAAAUGUAAGAAUGGAUGGAAGGAAAAAAGGAAAUAAGAGAGUGCGAAAGGAAGGUAAGAAGGGAUGAGGGAAGAAAGCAAGGACUAAAGGGAGGAUACACUGGAAAUAUUCAAACACAGCCUGAGCGUCCCCUCUCUAAGCACGGUUCCCAGUGCACACACCUGUCCUCACUUGACCGGCUAAUCAUCCAAUAGGUCGGGCCCAAUUAGCGCCGUGGGUAACGUCUUGACUGGAGGGCGGACGUGCACAUUUAAACCACAGCAGGCUCACCUUGUCUUCUAUACACGAUGGAGGGGUUUAUGUUUUCUCCAUACAACUUUAAUGGCUAUCCGGGCUGCGGUCCCAUGAUGGCUCCUAUCCUCCACGGCAACCCGAAGUUCAAGCCUCACACCUGGGGUAAGGGGAGCAUCUACGUGCCUCCCGAAGCGCUGGACUACCUUGACGGGUGUAAACGGGCCCAGCUGAAGGCCAUCCUGUCUCAGGUGAAUCCCAACCUUACACCUCGUCUCCGGAAGGCAAACACCAAGGAGUUCGGGGUUCAGGUCAAUGCCCAGGUCGACGCGAUGGUCCAGUGCUCCCUCGGACCCAAGACGCUGUUCUACCGGGAGAGGAAAUUUCCGUUAUUUUCGAAGUCGCCUGUGACGUGCCAGCAGAGUCCCUCGGCGGCUUCUUCUCUGGACCCGAAAGCGUUGCCGAGCACUCCGGUAAACAACGUGCGCUUCUCGCGACCCCUCGCUAUCUACUCUCCGGUGUUUGAUCGCCGGUUCUUCGCGCUGCCGGUGAAAGCGCAGGAUGACAGCGUGUGCUGUGAGGGAGGAGAGGGGGGCGGUAACGGGGCUAGUGAAGAGGAUGGCGAGACCGACGUUACCGAGCAGAAAACGGAGGACCAGGUUAGACCAGAGAUCCCGCGUGAGGUUGUCAGGAAACCCCUACACCAGACGCCCAAAGGAUUCAACUUCCAGUUUCUGGAGCAGAAGUACGGAUUUUUCCACUGCAGCCAGUGUAACGUCCGUUGGGAGAGUGCCUAUGUGUGGUGCAUCUCUGGAACCAGUAAGGUGUACUUCAAGCAGCUCUGUCGUAAGUGCCAGAAUGGAUUUAACCCCUACAGAGUGGAGUCUAUCCAGUGCAAGGUGUGUUCCCAGACCCGGUGCUGCUGUGAACAGAAGGAGAGGCACAUUGACAUGAAGAGACCUCAUAGACAGGACCUGUGUGGCCGCUGCCGGGGAAAGAGGAUUUCCUGUGACACUACCUAUAGCUACAAAUACAUUGUCUGAACUUAAACCAUCCCUGCCACAGGCCUAACUACAGAUCUAGGAUCAGAUUGAGGCCCAUCGUCACCCAAUCAUCCAUAACCUUUUGGUUGACAUAUCUGAAUUUAGA